AUGUCAACCACAACCACAUAUAGCCACAAUCAUCAUGUCUUAUCAUCAUCAUCAUCAUUAUUCGUUGAGGAUGAUGAUGAUGGAUAAUAUCAUCAUUUUGAUGUUUACUUGUAUAAUAUUCAUAUCAACAUUGGCAACAACGAUAAAUAUUGAUGAUAAUGGUGGUAGUGAUAAUGGUAAACAUAAUCAUCAUGAUGAUCAACGAUUACAAUUUAUUAUCGAACCGGAAACAAUAUGGGCUAUAGCUGAUGGCAGAAAAAUUUCAUUUCGUUGUCAAGUUUUACCUGCUGAUGCACGUAUACGAUGGUUAUUAAAUGGUACAAUUAUUACCGACAAUGAUAAUAAUAAUAAUGAUAAUAAUGGUGGUAGCUAUGGUGAUUGGAUAAAAAUUAGUGAAAAUAAAUUAUCAAUAAAAUUACAGAAAACACUUACAAAUAGUGAUUCAUUAGAUAUGAUCGAAUCACAACCACAACGAUUACAAAAUUCAUUAAAUCUUCAAGGUGCCGUAUUUCAAUGUUUGGCCGAAUGGAAUAAUCAGGUUAUUGUUAGUCAACCAGCAAAAUUAAUUAUCGCUGAAUUAAUGCCAUUCGAUGAUCAACAACAAUCAAAACAAUCUUCGAUAACAAAUAUAACAGCAAUUCAAGGUAAUAAUAUUAUUAUACCUUGUAAUCUACCACAUUCAAUACCGAUUGCAAUUGCUGAAUUUGAAUUUAAUCAAAAUCAAACAAUAACAUCGAAUAAUUUAAAUCAAGAUCGUUAUCGAAUAUUACCAUCCGGACAAUUAUUAAUACAAAAUGUUCGACAAUUUGAUUCGGGCAAAUAUCGUUGUAUUGCACAUAAUCCAUUUUUACAAGAAAAAAUGUAUUCAUCCAAUUUUAUACAAUUAAAAGUUUUAAAACCAAAACAUUCAACAAAUGAUCAAAAACAAUUAAGAUUUUUGUUGAAACCAAAAAUCCAAAUGACCGUUAUAAUUGGUUCAAAUAUAACAUUUGAAUGUGUUGUACAUGGUUUUCCUGUACCGAAAAUUACAUGGACAAAAAUUGGUGGUGGUGGUAAUGAUGAUCAUCUACCAAGAUUACGUUCAUUUCAAUCAAAUGGUAUUUUAAUAAUAACAACUGUACAAAAAAAUGAUGAAGGUAUUUAUUCAUGUACGGCUUCAAAUUCAAAAUCAACAAUCGAAACAAAUACUGAAUUAAAAGUAUAUGAAAUGCCUGAAAUCAUACAAGAUGAUUAUGAACAAUUUGAAUUAGAACCGGGACAAAACAUGGAUCUUUAUUGUGAAUCACGUGGUCAACCAAAACCAUUAAUUAGUUGGUUACAUAAUGGUUAUUUUAUUGAUUCACAAAUAACAAAUGAUGUAUUUUUUGAUCAAAAUGGUUCAAUAUUGAAAAUUAUUGAUGCUAAUCCAAAAUUACAUCAAGGAAUUUAUCAAUGUUUUGCUACAAAUGAAUUAGGUACAACAUAUGCUAUUAAAGUUAUUCAAUUUAAAUCUUUGACCAAUUAUCAUCAUCAUCAUAAUCAUCAUCAUGAUGAUCAACAAGUUUCAAAUUCGAAUCAUCAUCAUCAUCGAUUUACCGAUUCGAGCCAUUUAAGUGAAAAUAGUCAUCAACAUUCGAAUAUUGAUUCGAAUAAUAAUAAUAAUAAUGGUUAUUCGAAUGAACAUACUGAUUUUAUUGAUAAUCAAUAUCGAUCAAAUGAUAAUGAUGAUGAUAAUGAUAAUGGUGAAAUUGAUCAUCAUCAUAGAAAAUCUGGUAAAGAUUUAAAAUUAAUACCACCAUCUCGGCCAGAAAUAUCUAAAUUAAAUGAUGAUUCAGUUAUGGUACGUUGGAUGGUACCAAAAACCACUGGAUUACCAAUACAAUUUUUUAAAGUUCAAUAUAAAGAAUUGGGUCGUGGUGAUUGGAAUACAGUCGAUGUUGAUAUACCGGCACAUAUAUUUGCCUAUCCAGUUUGUUGCCUGAAUCCAAAUUCAACAUAUCGUUUUCGUAUUGCAGCUGUUUAUUCAAAUGAUGAUAAUAAAAAUGGUAAAAGUUCAAAUAAAUUUAUUUUCCGUAAAGAUCCUCAGCUGAAACGACCAACAAAUCCACCAACAAUAUUGAAUGCAACAUCAAUAUCAUCCGAAGAAAUUAUUGUCGAAUGGGAACAUUUGAAUAUUGAUCAACAACCAGUCGAUGGAUUUUUUAUUAAUUAUCGAGCUACGGAUUCAGCUGGUCAAUAUCUAAUGGUUACAUCGAUUGGUCGAGAUAGUCGUCGACAAAAUAUUCAACAUCUUAAACCAAAUACAGCAUAUGAAAUUAAAAUGCAAUGUUUUAAUGAUGCUGGUACAUCGGAUUUUUCCAAUAUUUAUACCGUAAAAACACAACAGCAACAAUCAUCAUCUAAAGAAUUGGAUCCGAAAUUUGAUGAUAAAUCAAUAUUACCACCUAAAAUCAAUAAUGAAAUCAAUGACAAAAAUGAUAAUGAUGAUUAUAUUUUUGGUUUAAUUAUACGACCAAAAUGGCUAAUACCACCGAAUCGAGAUUGGUUAGCCAUUGCUAUAAUUAUCAUUACAAUGGUAUUAUUUAUUCUAGCAUGUAGUAUCAUAUGUUGUUUACGACAAAAAUCAUCAUCAUCAUCUAUGAAUGGUAAUAAUUCUACAGGAACCGAUGGAACAAAAUUAAAAUUAGAAUCAUCAUCAUCAUCAUCGACAACAUCGAAUAAUAAUAAUAAUAAUCAUCAUUAUUUUAAUGCUAUUAAUGGUUUGAUUCAAGAACAAAAUCGACGUCUUUCAACAAAAACAUCUGCAACAUCCAAUGGUUUAACAAAUGGCAAUAACCAUCAUGCAGCAUCUGGUUUAAUGAUGUUAAAAUCUAUUGAAUCACAAUUGAAUCAUCAUCAUGUAAACAAUAAAAAUCAUCAUUCAUCUACGAAUGAAGCAACAACAACAACAGAUUCAGCUAUGAUGAAUAAUAAUAAUAAUAAUGAUUUGUCUUGUUCAUCAUCAUCAACAACAACAACAACACAGCCACCGCCACAGAUGCCUAUAACAUUAUCAAUGAAUCGACGAAAUUCAUUUCAUCGUAAUUCAUUAGGAUUAUUAAAUUAUUCAUCAUCACAACAUCAUCUAUAUAGUUCAAAUAAUGAUCAACAACAACAACAACAACAUAAUAUGGAUAACCAGAAUCAUGUUGAACAACAACAACAACAACAACAAAUAGCUACAAUUGAUCGUAAAAGAUCAUUAAAAAAUUCAAUAUCCGGAUCAUAUUUAGAUCCAUUAUCAAAUAAUACACCAUCACCAUCGAUAUCAUCAUCGAAUAAUAAUGGUGGUUUGAUUAAUCGAAUGAAUCAAAAUCAUCAUCAUAGUAGUUUUACACGUUUAAAUGGUACAUUAGAAAGAAAACGAAGAAGUCGUCAUGAUUUAUCACAAACAACAAUAUUGAAUAAUGGUAAUGGUGGUAGCGGACAUUUUUAUAAUAGCCGUUCGAAUAUUAAUCAUAAUGGUUCAACAAUGGAUAUGUUUCAUUCUUCGAAUAAUCAUCGACAACAACAAUAUUCAACAGGAAAUAAUCAAACCAACAAUAACUAUUUUCAUUCACAUCAUUCAAAUAGUGGAAAUAGUGCUGGUGGCAGUAAUAAUUUCGUGAUAAUGCAAAGUUCUUGUUAAAACAAAAAACCAAAAAAAAAGUGUUCGAUUUUUUUUCUCUACAAAUUCUGCCAUUUCUGCCUUUGUAUCUCAACUUUUUCUUUCUUUCAUUCUUU